AUGAAUAAUAUAAUACUAGAUCAUAGUAUAAAUAAGAAUAAUAAUCAUUAUCAUCAACAACAACAACAACCAUCAUCACAACAAAUAACAUCUCAUACUCCACAAAACUUAUUAUCAUCAUCAUCAUCUUAUUUAAAUGAUUUAUCACAACAACAACCACAACAAAUACAUUCUGAUAAUAUAAAUAAUAAUAAUAAUACUACUACUACUAAUACCAACAACAACAAUUUAUCACCUGAUUCUAAUAACUCAUCAAUAUCAUCAUCAUCAACAAAGAAUAAAAGAGAUGGCACAAGACCUUAUAAAUGUCCUCAUUGUGAUAAAGCUUUUCAUAGAUUAGAACAUCAAACAAGACAUAUAAGAACUCAUACAGGAGAAAAACCUCAUAUUUGUAAAUUUCCUGGUUGUUCAAAAAAAUUUAGUAGAUCUGAUGAAUUAACAAGACAUUUAAGAAUUCAUACAAAUCCAAAUUCAAGAAAGAAUAAAAAAAAUGAAAAAGUUAAAAAUGAAAUUAUAUUUAAAAAUAAACUGAUAUUACCUCAACCAAAUUCUUCUUCACCUUCAUCACCUCCAUCACAACAACAACAACAACAUAAUAAUAAUAAUAGUAAUAAUAAUAGUAAUAAUAGUCCUCCUUCAUCACCUUCAAGUUCAACUUCUUCAUUAAUAAAACAAGAAUUAAAUAUUAAUUAUAAUAAUGAUAAUAAUAAUAAUACCAUCAGUAAUAAUCAACCUAAUAUCACUUUAUCACCACCAAAAAAUACUCAACCAUUAACUCCAUCUCAUACUCCACUUUUUAAAUCAAAUCUAAAACCAAAACCUAUUGAUACCCCCAAUUUUUUUACUCCUCAAAAUUCAAUUAUUAAAAAUAAAUCAUCAGAUUCUUUAACAAUGAAUAAAAAUCCUUCAAGUAUUGAUAUUUUAGCACUGGCAGCAAGUCAAGAAUUAGAAAUUAUGGAAUCAUCAAAAUCUUUACCUUCUUUAGUUGAUCAUUUUGGUCAACAACAACCACCACCAUCAUCAUCACAAAAAUCAUCAAAUUCAUUAUUAAAUCAUAAUCAUAACCAUAAUAAUAGUACAUCAAAUUUUCAAUUUACUAAAAAGAAUUUCUUACCAUUACCAAAUAAUCAAAGUUUUGAAAAUUUAGAAUCAUCAAAAUCUUUACCUUCGUUAGUUGAUCUUUUUGGUCAAUCAGGUGUAUCAAAAUUUAUACCAAAUAAUAAUGAUUUUAAUAGAGAAAAAGUUUCAUUUCAAAUUAAUGAUAAUUUACAAUAUUUAUCAAAUGUUGCAACAAGAUUUUCAACUAUAUCAAGAAUGACACCAUUAGAACAACCAAUUGCAAUAAAUAAAAAAAAUACUCAUAUAUCACAAGAUUCAGAUAUUGAUUAUUUACAUCAAAAAUUAAAAAGAUCAAGACCUAAUAGUCCUAAAUUUUAUCAAUAUGGGAAGUUUAAUAAUAAUGGUAAUAAUAAUAAUAAUAUUAAUACUUUACCAAAUUCACCUAUUAUGGGAUUAUCAACAAAUUCAACUCCAUUAAUGUCAACUCAUAAUAGUAGUACUAAUUUAAAAGCAAUGGGACCAGGAUAA